AUACGCUGUCAGUGCCUCGCUGGUCCCCGCAGAUCCCCCGGCGGGAUCUGGGAAACUCCAUAAAACACAGGUUUUCCACCAAGUACUGGAUGUCUCAGACCUGCACUGUCUGUGGGAAAGGAAUGUUGUUCGGCUUAAAGUGCAAAAACUGCAAGCUCAAGUGCCACAACAAAUGCACCAAAGAGGCCCCUCCGUGUCACCUGCUGAUCAUCCACCGAGGAGGGAGACGAGCCGUGCGGGGCGAGGCAGAUUUGCAUUGCAAACCACUUCCACCCACCCUCCCCCUGCCUCCUUUUCUUUUCAGAUUCCCCACAGCACGGGCGAGGUUAGUCCGGACAGAGUCGGUGCCCUGUGACAUCAACAACCCCCUGCGGAAGCCGCCCCGGUACUCGGACCUGCACGUCAGCCAGACCCUGCCCAAAACCAACAAACUCAACAAGGACCACAUCCCAGUGCCCUACCAGCCGGAUUCCAGCAGCAACCCCUCCUCCACCACAUCCUCCACGCCCUCCUCGCCGGCGCCGCCGCUGCCGCCCAGCGCGACACCCCCGUCCCCCCUGCACCCCUCCCCGCAGUGCCCACGCCAGCAGAAGCAGUUCAACCUGCCAGCUUCCCAUUACUACAAGUACAAGCAGCAGUUCAUUUUCCCAGAUGUGGUGCCUGAGACUCCAACCCGAGCCCCACAGGUCAUCCUCCACCCUGUCACCUCCAACACCAUCCUGGAAGGAAACCCAUUGCUUCAAAUUGAAGUGGAGCCCACCUCGGAGAACGAGGAAGGCCCCGAGGAGGCGCAGGAAUCCGAGGACGACUUCGAGGAGAUGAACCUGUCGCUCCUCUCCGCCCGCAACUUCCCGCGCAAGGCCAGCCAGACCAGCAUCUUCCUGCAGGAGUGGGACAUCCCCUUCGAGCAGCUGGAGAUCGGGGAGCUCAUCGGGAAGGGCCGCUUCGGGCAGGUCUUCCACGGGCGCUGGCACGGCGAGGUGGCCAUCCGCCUCAUCGACAUCGAGAGGGACAACGAGGACCAGCUGAAGGCCUUCAAGAGGGAGGUGAUGGCCUACCGGCAGACACGGCACGAGAACGUGGUGCUCUUCAUGGGAGCCUGCAUGAGCCCCCCCCACCUCGCCAUCAUCACCAGCCUGUGCAAAGGACGGACUCUCUACUCGGUGGUGAGAGACGCCAAAAUCGUCCUGGACGUCAACAAGACGAGGCAGAUAGCACAAGAGAUCGUGAAGGGAAUGGGUUACCUGCAUGCCAAGGGGAUCCUCCACAAGGACCUCAAAUCCAAGAAUGUUUUCUAUGACAAUGGGAAGGUGGUGAUCACCGACUUCGGCCUCUUCAGCAUCUCGGGCGUUCUCCAGGCGGGCAGGAGGGAGAACAAGCUGCGCAUCCAGAACGGCUGGUUGUGCCACCUCGCCCCCGAGAUCAUCCGCCAGCUCUCCCCGGACACCGAGGAGGACAAGCUGCCCUUCUCCAAGCACUCGGAUGUCUUUGCACUGGGCACCAUCUGGUACGAGCUGCACGCACGGGAAUGGCCCUUCAAGACGCAGCCGGCGGAGGCGAUCAUCUGGCAGGUGGGAAGAGGGAUGAAGCCCAACCUCAGCCAGAUCGGGAUGGGCAAGGAGAUCUCGGACAUCCUCCUCUUCUGCUGGGCCUACGAGCAGGAGGAGAGACCCACCUUCACCAAGCUCAUGGACAUGCUGGAGAAACUGCCAAAGCGCAACCGCCGCCUCUCCCACCCCGGGCACUUCUGGAAGUCGGCAGAGCUGUGACGGGAGGAGCCGAGGGACGGUGCCUUCCUCCCCCAGCACUUCUCCUCUUCCUCUCCGCUUCCCACCCCGUGCUGCAGAGGAGCAGCGGGCGCCGGGGGCCGACGGCGGGACGGGAAUGAGACGGGAAUGAGACGGGAAUGAGACGGGAAUGAGACGGGAAUGAGACGGGAAUGAGACGGGAAUGAGCCUCUUCCCCCGCACGUUUCGCCCCGGGAAACAUCUGCGGGGGCCAGAGGAGCCGGAGCGGCGGCCGAGCCCCGGGAAUGCCCGGCUGUGGUGGGAUGGGCUCUCCGCGCACACGGGGUCGGCCCUGGGGUCGGUUCCCCACCGAGCAGGGGUGACCCCCCCCACGAGGCAAACGACUUCAAUUUUGGGCUCCUCUGACCCCACCCAGCGCUCACGGCGCUCGGCUGGGGCAGAGCUUGUGUUCUCGGUUCUCUGUGGGUUUAUUUAAUUUCCCUUAUUUAUUGCCUUUUUUUUUUUCUUCUUCUUUUAAUGAAAAAAAGGGGGAAUGUUGCUGAUUCCCGAGUUCAGCACCGGAGCCUGCCGGGGCCGGGGAGUGCCGCCGCUUUUAGCUGCACCCCCCGCGGGGAAAUGCAUCUGGAGGAGCCCCCGCUCCCCCCACGGCCCCUCGUGGGCGGCCGUGACCUUUCACAAGUGGCUUCUCUACCUCCCAGCCGUGUCCACUUACGAUUCCCCCCGCGGGUCUCCCUCCCAGCGGGACACAUCCCUGCAUUCCCGCUCAUUUAUCCCGGCGUGUGGCUCAUCAGCCCGCCUUGACCUCUCGCCCUCCCCGCCCCUGCUCCGCUCUUGCCUUCUCCUCCCUCCCCAAAUUCCGGGUUUGGGGGUGCGGAGGGGGCAGAGCAGAGCCGGGCUCGGGCUCAUUCCCCUCUCCCGUGGCCUUCCCUUCGCUGCUGGAGCUGGGAAUGCCAACGGGCUCUGGUUGUACAGAGCCUCUCCCCUCCCAGCCCCGCGCGUGGGACGAUUCCGGCUGAACGACCCGUUUUCCCCUGCACAUUCAUCUUCCAGCUGCCAAACCCCAGCCCUUCCCAAAGAAACGCUCCUUGGGCAGCAGCUCGGAGCCGGUGUUGCCUUCGGAACGCCGAGUGCUGGCAUUUCCCUCUCCCACCAGCUCAGGUGGCCCCUCCAGCCCGUCAGCUGAGCCGCCGAGCGACAGAUGAUGGCAAAUUGCAUUUCCAGGCCCUUAUUGAGCAUAAUUGCUUGACAGGAACCAUCCUGGAUAAUUCAGUUGGAGCCUCAGUUUAGCUUUAAUUUGGAGACACGACGAGGCUGCGCAAACUAACCAGCCUUGGUUUGUUUGCUGCUCUCCUCCAGCUCUUCCUUGCCGGUGUCUGAACCACUUCAGCAUAAGUAAAAGGAGAUUAGAAACCUAA